AUGAAGGACAAAAAGCCAGGGGUUGGAUUGAAUGGUGAAUGGCUCCUUCCUGGAGGCCCCUGCGCCCCGUUCGGCACGAGUGGAGAUGAACCUGAAGCCCAGGGUGGUGCUGUUGGCAAGGCAUUGGACCACUGGACCAUUGGGCCAUCACCAGCCAGCUCCAAGCUCCAAGCUCCAUUCACACCCAUCCCAUCCCUGCCGCUACCGACCGACUCCCAGCACGUUGCCUGUUCGAGAGGCGAUAAAGCAGCCGUUCGACAAGGUCUGCCUGCCCAGCUCCUGGCCAUCGUCCCGGCGAACCCCGCCCACCCGAGCUCUGUCGUCACUGCGCCCUCCCCCGUCAUCGCGCCCGUACAAACACCCGACACACCACGGCAACCGCCUGCUACACGACAGCUCCUGAACAAAGAACUGCGGCAUCAUACAGAAAGCACCCUGCCGGCUGGCUGCAUCCAAGGCCCGCAUUCCAGCGACGCGCCUGGCCGAGCUGCCGUGACGCCGCCGUCUACAUAUUGCCCGUCCCUGCCGUCUGAGCCGGCCUCCCUGGUUGAGCCAACCAGCAUCAGCCUGAUCGGCCAGCUCCCUCCCCACACCUCGUUCCUGCGCGCCUAG